UCAGAGCUAAUGGACCCCGCUUCCCCAUAAGCCCAAAUCAGACAUUUACGCACAACCACAAGUAAAAGCAAAGAGAGGAUUUCGUUUGCUGUCUCCAUCGAGACCCGAUUGGAUCUUUCUCAGCGUCUCCCAGAUUAAUUAGCUUUAACUAUAGAAGUAAAAUGGCUGGCGGUAAGAUUGCUCAUGCAACCUUGAAAGGACCCAGUGUCGUUAAGGAGAUAAUAAUGGGGAUUGCACUUGGUCUGACUGCUGGUGGUCUUUGGAAGAUGCAUCACUGGAAUGAACAAAGGAAAGCCAGAGCAUUUUAUGAUUUGCUAGAAAAAGGUGAGAUCAGCGUCGUUGCAGAAGAAUAAAUUCUGUUUUGUGCUUGAACCAUGAUUUUAUGAACAGCUUCAGCAGUAUCCCGACUCUUUUGUCUUGUGUAUUUGGCUCUUAAGUUGAGCAUACUUAAUCUUUCUCUGAAGAAUAAAUUUCUUGUUUUGAAUUGUGGAGUACAUCUUUGUUUUGCAUAAAUGUGUCAAGUUUAAUGGCAUUCACCUUUUUGAGGUUUCUCUUGUAA